UGGAUCCAGAAUCUGGGAGACCUUGUGUGGAUUUUCUAGAUAACUUUAACAAAUGGAACACUAACUUCACAAUGACUACUAUUCUACUUACUAUCCAGGUUUUGUUGUCUAAUCCUGUUCUGAACAAUGCCGUGAACCUGGAGGCAGCUCAAAUGCUGAGAAAAAAUUAUCACCUAUACAGAGAAAAAGUUGUACAGUGUGUCACAAAUAGCAAGCAGCUCGAAGCUAUUGCCAAAGAUUGGGAUACAACUUCAAUCAAGUUUUAUGAAAAAUCAAAAGAACCGAGCUCGCACAG